CUCGUGUUCGUGACCGGGAACACGGGGAAGCUGACGCGCGCGAGGCUCGCGCUGUCGCUGCGGUCGCUGUCGCGCGUCCAGGUCCAGGGCGUGGAUUUGAAAAUCCCGGAGAUCCAAGCCGACUCCGUGAAGGCGGUCGCGAUGGACAAGGCGCGGCGAGCGUUCGAGGAGCUGAAGCGCCCGCUCAUCGUGCACGACUGCGGGCUCGUGUGCGCCGCGCUGAAAGACUUCCCGGGGCCGGCGACGAAGUACGCCAACUACACCAUCGGCACGGAGGGCCUUUUAAAUCUCAUGCGCGAGAAAGAAGACAGACGCGCGGGGUGGGCGGACGUCAUCGUGCACGUGGACGCCAACGGGAAGCUCAAGACGUUC